GCCGCGCUGCAGCCGGUGAUCUAACCCCGGAGACAAUCUUCGGCGCAGUGCCAAGCAGAGGGGAGGGGAACGCGGAGGGGCAACCUCUUUGGGACUAACUCAUGAAGAACAAGGGUGCCAAGCAGAAGCUGAAACGAAAGGGAGCCACCAGUGCCUUUGGCUGUGACCUGACCGAAUAUCUGGAAAGCUCAGGACAAGAUGUUCCAUAUGUACUGAAGAGCUGUGCAGAAUUUAUAGAGAUUCAUGGCAUUGUGGAUGGGAUUUAUCGGCUUUCCGGAGUCACCUCAAACAUACAACGGCUAAAGCAAGAGUUUGGCUCAGAUCAAUGUCCAGAUCUGACAAGGGAAGUGUACCUCCAGGACAUCCACUGUGUAGGCUCACUCUGCAAGCUCUACUUUAGGGAGCUGCCCAACCCCCUCCUGACUUAUGAGCUCUAUGAGAAAUUCACGGAGGCAGUGUUGCAUUGCCCAGAAGAAGGCCAGUUGGCCAGAAUCCAAAAUGUUAUCCAGGAGCUUCCCCCAUCCCAUUACCGGACCUUGGAAUACCUGAUCCGACACCUGGCCCACAUCGCCUCCUUCAGCAGCAAGACCAACAUGCACGCCAGGAACCUGGCCCUGGUGUGGGCUCCGAACCUCCUCAGGUCCAAAGAAAUCGAAGCUACUGGUUGCAAUGGAGAUGCAGCCUUCCUUGCUGUCCGGGUCCAGCAGGUGGUGGUUGAAUUCAUAUUGAAUCAUGUGGAUCAAAUCUUUAACAAUGGCGCACCCGGUUCACUGGAGAAUGAUGAAAACCGGCCCAUCACGAAGAGCCUGACCUUGCCAGCCCUCUCCCUGCCCAUGAAGUUGGUGAGCCUGGAGGAAGCUCAGGCCCGGAGCCUCGCCACUAACCAUCCUGCUAGGAAGGAAAGGAGGGAGAACAGCCUGCCUGAGAUUGUCCCUCCCAUGGGCACCCUCUUCCACACUGUCCUUGAGUUACCAGAUAACAAAAGAAAGCUCUCCAGUAAAUCGAAGAAGUGGAAAUCAAUCUUUAACCUGGGACGUUCUGGAUCGGACUCCAAGUCAAAGCUGAGUAGAAAUGGGAGCGUGUUUGUGAGAGGACAGAGGCUCUCGGUGGAAAAAGCUACUAUCCGGCCAGCUAAAAGCAUGGACUCGCUGUGCUCAGUGCCCGUGGAAGGGAAAGAGACCAAAGGAAAUUUCAGUCGCACAGUCGCCACUGGUGGAUUUUUUAUUCCAGCAGCGAAAAUGCACGCAACUAGCACUGGCAGCUCCUGUGACCUCACCAAGCAGGAGGGGGACUGGGGCCAGGAGGGGAUGCCGGCGGGGGCCGAGGGCGGCUUUGACAUGAGCAAUGACCGAAGCCAACUCCCGGGUGCUCAGGCCCGGCCCCCGCCCGAGCAGCUGAAGGUGUUCCGGCCCAUCGAGGAUCCUGAAAGUGAGCAGACGGCCCCGAAGAUGCUGGGGAUGUUCUACACCUCGAACGACAGCCCCAGCAAGUCCGUCUUCACCAGCAGCCUCUUCCAGAUGGAGCCCUCGCCCCGUCACCAGCGCAAGGCACUGAACAUCUCUGAGCCCUUUGCUGUAUCCGUGCCCCUCCGCGUGUCAGCUGUCAUCAGCACCAACAGCACCCCGUGCAGAACACCCCCAAAGGAGCUGCAGUCUCUGUCCAGCCUGGAAGAGUUUUCUUUCCAGGGGCCAGAGAGUGGAGGUUGGCCUGAAGAGGAGAGACCACCAGGAGCUGAGACUUCUACAGCUUCUGUACCUAAGAAGGUGGCUCUUGAGGACGCCAAGCCAGGACCAGAAGCAGCGAGGACAGAGGAGUGCAGCAAAGGCCUUUCCCUGGACCCAGGAGCCCAACUGGAGGAGAAGAAAACCUCAGAAAUCUCCCUGAGCUGUCAACAUUCAAGUGAAUUGGAGAAGAGGCCCGAUCCAGAGAAGGGGGAGGAGGGGCGAGAGGCUGGCCAGGUGGAGUCCAGUGCUCUGCAGGAGAGCCCCACGGCCAGGGCAGAAGGGGUGCUUCUCCAUGAGAUGGAUGAAGAUGAUCUGGCCAGCACCCUGAUCUGGCCUGAGAUUCAACAGGAGCUGAAAAUCGUUGAAUCUGAGGAGGAACUGUCCUCGUUGCCACCGCCUGCUGUGAAGAGUAGCCCAUCUCAGCCCAUUCUUGAGUCAAGUCCAAAGCCUCUUGCUACCCCAGAGCCUCCUGGGAGCUUGCCCUGUGUCUCCACCCCAGCUCCAGUCUCCACCUUUUUGGAGGAGCAGACUAGGGAUCCAGGCAAACAGAGCACACAGAGGGCUCCCACAGCAGCCAGUAGAGAAAAGCCAGAGACGACCAGCAGCCUCCACAGAUCUGAGACUGAGAAGGGCCAGCGCCCAGACACCACCAGCCCGGCUCCUCUAGAAAUCGUUCCAGUUGAGACAGCUCCUCCACAAGCAAGGGCGGAAGUGGGAGGCCCAGGGGAGCUGUCUCCUCUGCUCCCGCCCACUCCACCCCCUCUAACUCCUCUGGAGGAGGCACCUCAAGUCCAGCUAUGGAAGAAUGGCCCUGAGAAGGAAGACGCAUCAGAGAAUGUAAGGGCAAACCCACAUGUAGACCCGCUGAAGUCCCAAGGCAGCCCUGGGGUCUCCAGUCGUUGUCAGGGAGACAAGGCCUCUGCAGGACAGAGCGAGAAACAAAAGUCAAAGAAUGCUGCUCCGGAUGCGAAAGGCUCUGGCUUUCCAAGCCCAGGAAAGGAGGUUGAGCUCUCCCAACAAAGAGAGGGGGACGCAGCCCAUUCAGUACAGGAGCCCUCAGACUGUGACGAAGAUGAUACUGUGACAGACAUUGCCCAGCAUGGCCUGGAGAUGGUGGAGCCCUGGGAGGAGCCCCAGUGGGUGACAAGUCCCCUUCAUUCCCCCACCCUGAAAAAUGUGCAAGAGGCCCAGGUGCAGGCCCCUCAGGGCCACCGCUUGGAGAAGAGGCUUUCCCACAGGCCGAGCCUUCGCCAGAGCCAUUCUCUGGACAGCAAAACCACGGCCAAGAGCCAGUGGACUCUCGAGGGUCCCUCCUCCAGCAGCUGUGCUGACCUUGAAGCAGAGAGGAACUCUGACCCUCUGCAGCCCCUGGCACCCCGGAGAGAGAUUACUGGAUGGGAUGAGAAAGCCCUGAGAUCCUUCAGAGAGCUCUCUGGCCUGAAAGGGACAGAGGUUCUUCCCAGCCAGAAGGGACCAGGUGGUCUGCAGCCCAAGGCAGCAGAAACCAGCCCUGUCAGCCCAGCAGAGGGAAAGGAACUGGGGACACACCUGGGACACUGCAACCCUCAGAAAGAGCAAGGUAGUGUGCCUAGACCAGGGAGCAGCAAGGAGAAUUCACCUCGUGUGCAGGACAGCACCUCGCCUGGACAGCCUCCCCCAAAGUUACAGCUGAAGAGCACUGAGGGUGGGCCCCCAAAAGGGAAAAAUAGGCCUUCUUCCCUGAACUUGGACUCUGCCAUCCCCAUCACUGACCUCUUUCGUUUUGAGAAUGUGGCCUCAUUCGGUUCACCUGGAAUGCAGCUCUCUGAGCCUGAAGACCCAAAGGCCACGUGGAUGGCCUCAUCUCACUGUAAAGUAGACCCCUGGAGGGUUUGCUCCCAGGACUCUCAGGACCUGGACAUUGUCGCUCACGCCCUGACAGGCCGCCGUAACUCAGCUCCCGUCAGCGUGUCAGCUGUGAGGACCUCCUUCAUGGUCAAGAUGUGCCAGGCCAGGGCGGUGCCAGUCAUUCCACCCAAGAUUCAGUACACACAGAUCCCACAGCCCCUGCCCCCGCAGAGCCCAGCGGAGGAUGGGGCGCAGCCUCUGGACAGGAGCCAAGAGGAACCCAGCUCAACUGGUGGGACCUCUUGGAAACCUGCCAAAGGUGAUUCUCUCUCUUCCUUGGAAAGCCCGAGGGAAGAGAAACCAAAGCAAGACACAGGAGCCAUGGAGUCCUUGCCAGUGGAUGCCACCACAUCCUGUAUGUGUGAGGGGCCCAGCGUUUCUCCAGAACCGGGUGCGGCUAACUUGCUCUCCACCCAGGACGCAGGAGCGCAGUGCCGAAAGCGCUCAUCAGAGACAGAGCCAUCUGGGGACAACCUUCUUUCUUUAAAACUAGAGCGACCAUCAGGGGGUGCUAAGCCUUUCCACAGGUCAAGACCAGGAAGACCUCAGAGCCUAAUCUUAUUCAGCCCUCCUUUCCCCAUCAUGGACCAUCCACCUUCCUCCACAGGUUCAGAUUCCAAGGCCCUGCUGUCCCCUAUCAGAAGUCCCACCCAGACAGUUUCCCCUGGCCUUCUGUGUGGGGACUUGGCAGAAAACACGUGGGUCACCCCGGAAGGGGUUACCCUUAGGAAUAAAAUGACCAUUCCUAAGAAUGGCCAGAGACUAGAGACCUCAACCAGCUGUUUUUACCAGCCCCAGCGGAGGUCGGUGAUUCUGGAUGGAAGAAGUGGGAGGCAAAUAGAGUGACUUCGGUUCCUCUGCUGGCGUCUGGAGAAGAUGCCACGAUUCAUCUGGAACGUAUUAUAGGGCCAACUUACCACUAGUCCAGACACAGGUUAUCCAAGCCUGGGCUUACUUUGGCCUCUUCUUCUCUUCCGUUAGCCUUUUGACCAUGUAUUAAUUAGUCCGUUUGUUAGAGGAGAGGUCAAGGGAAGGACCAGGGAUGAAAUAGAUAAGUCUGCGUGAGCAGGUGGGAAGGGUCAGGGAAGGGAGAGGAUGAAAUGCUCGCCCGCAGUGAGAUCUGGGGCUUGUCUGUGGGUUGCGUCACCCCCCAUUGCCACUCCGUGUUCCUGUGGCAAGCUGGACGUGAUACUGACCCUUGAAAGAGAGAUCCUUUGUGUUGAAAAAUGUUGCUACUGCGGUUUGAAGGCCUCCUCUUUACUUCCUGCUUUGUAAUGCUCGUUAAGGCAUGUGUUCUUUUAGACCAGUUUUCUGAUAAGCUUUGUAAAAGUGUACUCUCCAGAAUAGCAGCAGAUUUGGAAAAGCAAACUAACGUACACUUAGAUCUCCCAGUGGGUGGAUUUACUCAUGCUCUUUCUCUGGAAUUUCUGCUGACCUGCCCAACACAGCUCUUUAUAUCAGCAUAGAAAAUUAGAAUCCACACUGAAGAGCCAACUCAGACUGGCACAAUCUAAGGAGACUCUCUGGCUCUGGCUUUUAUUCAUUCGGGACUCCAGCAGCCACUAUCCUUCUCUCUCCGAUUUAUAAAUCCAGUAGGGGGUGGGGGCUAAGCUGAGGGCUACCUCCAUGAAAGGUGCUGCAUCUCCAUUCAGGUGUGCAAUAGAGAUCUGCCUCCAUUUCAGCAUCCUAGUCCAGAAACAGGAGGUCACCUUGGAGGAGAGCCUGACACGUAGACAGAACUACGCUCCACGCUGAAUGUGUUCACUUUGGUGAGGCGUCAGCAGCAGUCGCCUCCAGCUCAGCUUCACGCUCUCACGCUCGGCUGGGAGAAAAGUGCAGGAGAAGGUGGGGCGCCCUAGCAGGGCGGCCAUCCCCACCACCUGAUGGCAGCCGCCCUUCUGAAGAUGUUUUUCAUCUUAGCCCGUGGAUGCCUUCCUUCCUCCCUAUCCCUUCAUUGCUCAAGAACAGAUGGAGCCACCCUUCCGCAAUCCCCCUCAUCCACCCCCCACCCCAGGCACUCAAACUUGCCCUCUCCUGUCUAUAUAAAAGCAGAAGCAAUAAGCCAACCUGAUUUUAUGUCACUUAUUUAGAACUUCAAAUGGUUCUUUCCUUUUCAGCUGGAGAGAGGAAGAAGUAAUAUAACCUGCUGGCAGAUUUUGGUGCUCCCUCAAAUAGGGCUUUGCAGGAGCCUUUCUCAAGGCCAAACCCAUCGGGGUAUCAACACCUUUAAACCUUCUAAGACAACUAUCUUGUUUGAAAAACAAGAAAAAUAGACCUAUUUUCAGCCCUCUGCACCUCCUCUCAGGUUCAAGUCUGGCAGAGCUCUGUCCAGAAGCUCAGUCAUUGCAGAAAUUUCUCUAAAGGCCAGCAGUCCCUCUGGGCAGUACCUCACAUCCAAGGCUGGUGCUGGGCUGGAAAGAAGAUGAACUCGAGUUAUCUCCUCCAGUGAUACAUAUUCCUCUCUCCCCCUCUUCCCUGAUAAGCCUUGCAGUUUGGAGGCCCAGUCCUGUCCCCUUUAAGCUGGCGUCUGCAGCAGGGGUGAGUGUCUGUAGCCGGACCAGGCCAGCGUAUGUGUUCUGCUUUCAGGGGCCCCGAGAUGAGCCAGCAGGGGAGUGGUCAGUAGGCCUUUGGCCAGUUUCUUUACAUUCCCACUAGGUGAGCAAGACAUCGGACCAACAGCCAAUGAGAUGUCAACCCCUAAGAAAAGUCCAAGGGUAUGGCAUUCUUCCCCCCAAGGAAAGCAAGGUGAAGAAAUAUUGUGGUGACAGAUGAGAAAGGCCAUGUUCAGGAGAUUUGGAAAGCGCAUUCCUGCCUUAUCAGAGAAUGUGAGCAGAUAGCGAGGCUUUCUGCCCAUCUCAGUGGUGUCUGCACUUUGAUAAAGACCUGCUCCAGUGGGAAUGCACUGGAGGGAAGGACCGCACUUUGUUGCGCCAGCAGAACUCCGAGCCGAGUCAUGAAACAUUUAAACUAUUUUGUGAUUAUUUUAAAUUUAUGUCUGUAACAUUUAGAGGCUAUCUUUUUAUUUGGGCACAGGCUUUGAAGCCACUAUUUACAUAUUAACAAGUGAGUUCAAGUUGAGGCACCCAAGUGGAUGUAUUAAAUGGCUGAUGUGUUCCUGAGGCUGACAUCUCUCAUUUGUAGCAUCAUCUUCAGGAGCGUGGUGGGGAUGUAGAUGUCCUCCUGAGACACGGUGACACCUGUCUGGAGAUAUUUCUUACUCUGAGCUUCCCUAGCCAGGCAAUCCAAAAGGCCUCGGGAGCAGACUCACUUCUCAAUGUCCCACUGCGGAAGUGUGGGCUUCUCCUUUGUCACCCAGCCUGUCAACUGUCAGAACAUAUUCAUUAACUUCCUGUGGGCUGGGGCUAGCCUGGCUCUGAGGAAAUUCCAUUCCAAUGCACAGAAAACUUAUCAUCUAUUGUCCCUGAAACUGUUCCUCAGAAUGCCCCCAGAUUACCUAUCUGGUCACCCACUUGGGACUGAAAAAUGAACCCCUGAGAAUGGCUGGUUGGGAGGGACAGGAGAGGCACUACUGUGGUUGGGAGGAGCUGCAGAUGCCCUAGAAAGGGCUGCAGAACCAAAUCCUCAAAGGGCUACCUCAACUAUCCGUCCUCUAAAUGGGGCUGGCUGAUUUUAAACGUCAGAUUUGAAGUGUUUUCUUUCAGUGUUAAUGGUUGCUUAAGAAGAUAGUAACAUAUAUAUAUUUGCCCAGUGGACUAGAAGAAAUUGGUUUUUAUUCUCUGCUUCAUGUGGACUAUGAAGAGACCUGACCAAGAACCCCAUUAAGUUACUGUUAGACUAAAAUUCAAAACAAUUGUUUACAUCAAAAUUCUGGGGAAAUAAAAAAUGUAAACAUUAUAACCCUCAACAGAUAAUAUUUCUCAAGAGCUUAGUAACAUUGUGGCUGGGCACUUUAGAACUCUGCAAUCCUCGAAGAGGCUAAUGAAAAAAGGGGGAGGGAUGGGAGCAAACGUAACAGCCUAUAAACAAUCAGGAGCAAGACUUAAAACCAUUAAGUUAUCAAAUGAAAGCAAAAAGGGGAAAAUGUAGCAAAUGGCAUCUCUUAAUAGGAUUAUUACUAGUGUUCAAGUUACCUACUGGCUGUCAUCAAAUUAAACAAUUGCAAGUUCAAUAGAAAGUACUAGGGAGACACCCGGGCACUGAGAUUUUUGCUUUGAUCAUUAAAAUAAACAGAGAGUAGGAACUAAGAAUAAAUAGUCCCGAGGUUUUCUGUGGUCUUUACUGGUUGUUGGGCUAUGACGUCCUGUUGGAUCUCUGCAGAUGUGUGAGGUCAUACCAGUGUCCCAUACUCCUUGAGAGUUGUUUUAGGGACUUCCAUCCUCACAACAUGGAUUAACUCCUGUUGACAAUGAAGUUGGGUGGGACAGUCAUUGGUCUACACGGGCCUUGGAUUCCUGCCUGAAGAGGUGCUGGGGAACAUAAGAUUCAUUUAUCUGAGGUUGAAAUGGGAAAUGUUCGGGGUAGGUCCAAUUCCCAUCAGGAUUGAUUAGAGCUAAAUUCUACCACGACCUGUCCUGUUGACAAUACAAGUCUUGGGGUUAAGUGUUGCCAAGAGUAUGAUUUGAGGCACUUCCAGCAGGAAAAUCAGCUCAAAAUGUGGAAUAGCAAAGAACAGGUCCUUUGUCAACACCUUUUCUAGCAAAGUCAGGCCAGAGGGGGGAGCGAGGGCACCUCGCCACGCAUGAAGAGGAGGCGGAGACUGUUGAAGGGUAAUUGCCUGAGAUCAGUGUCAGUCCAGAUAGGAUGACAUUUGGGAACACCAAAGACUGAUUGGCACACAGUGGAUCAUUUAGUAGCCUUGAGGUUCACAGGCACUGCAGGGAUCACUUCUACUUCUCUAUGAGGAUGGAGGAGGGAUGUAACGAAAUAAAAGAAACCCAUUAAGUAAAUAGCCACGCAUUUUACUGGAUGAAUCACAAUGCUUUGCAAUAACUUAAUGCCAUCGUACUUCCUGGCUUCUAAUUCUGCAAGGUAAAGCACUUUUUCAAAGGAGUCUAUUAGAAAGUCACAUGAUUUCAGCUGUUUGUUGAG